AAUAAAAUCAAAUGGAGAAGGUGUUAUCUCGGAAGUGAAUCCCCAGAACAUGCAUUAUACAAACGAGUUGAAUUUAACAUAGACGAGUGUUCAUAUCUUAGACCGUGAAAAUUCCCAAUUUAGUGUUAACACGUUCGCACAUGUAUUAACACCCUUCCGACUUAAGAAUCAAGUGAAAUCGUGGCUUAGAAGACUCUUAAACCAAAGCAUUAACCAGAUUUGUGAAUUUCCGUAUUAGGUUUUUAAGCUAAUCCAGAGGAACUACGUGACCCCAUCAUUGGUGGCUCCGAUCAAUUCCUUCUUUUCACGAGAGAUCUAACAUGUAACAUUACCUCGCAGUCUCAUUUAGAUGUAUCAGAAAAAAAUAUACAAUAGAGGCGUACAAUUGAUACUUGCCAAUGAUAAGUCGAGAAAAUAUCGUAAGAACAAGAACAAGAUUAGCCGGACAUGAUGAGAUUUAGAAAGAACAACACGUUUAUAUCAAAGAUACUAAUCAAUCCAUGUAAAACAUAUUAGGGUUCAUCAAAUCCGGAACAACUAGAAGAUUAGCCGGACAUGAUGAGAUUUACAAAGAAUAAGGUUAAGAACAUUCCCAUGAUGACGAAGAACGGAGGGGUUGAGAAUACGGUAUGUAUAUCGAGUUAAUAGAUUACACCUAGCAAAAUUCCAACGAGGGAAUAAUCGUUGGGCGAAGACGGUGGAAACCAACCAAUCUACCUCCACAAAUGAUUAUCAAAACCCCACAAAACAGAAGCUUAAUUCGGUAAUCUCAAUAACACAAUAUACCAUGGUAUUCUCAAAUACGAACACGAACAUGAGAACCACGAUAGAUGAAAUACGAGAUAUGAUUAACGAAAUGAGAGAGGUAACAAGAGUUUGGUAUGAAAAUGGACAGAGUUUCGGCUAACUUCAAAUACAAGAAAGGAAGAACAAAGUAUAGAAGUAGGGUGUGUAGCCCCUCUAUUUAUAGGAUGAACUUGACAUCAUCAUUGAUUUGAUUGCUUCAGCUACAUGCUUCAUUCAUGUUUGAGAGAAAGUCCAGCAGUUUGCUUGUGCAACUAAUUCAUGCACCCAACCUUUCCUUGGCCAACAACUUGCUUGUGCAACUAAUUCAUGUCUGCCGAGAGACACUAUCCUUGAGCUGCUUGCUUCCCAUUCCAUCCUUGAGCUGCUUGCUUCACCAGCUAGCUUGUUCAGAUACAUUGCCUCUUGCUUCACCAGGUAGUUUCCGUUUCUUCCCCCAUCAGUAUCAAUUCAAUUUGAGCAACUUGCUCCACAAUGAUGGACCAAAUCAAGCUAGUCCAUUUGAUUCCAUUUCCGCAUCCAUUUACGCCUUUGUGUGUGUCAAGCAAGCUGGCUGGUGAAGCUUCUUGGGGAUAGGCAGACCGCUAAAACAGUGGUGGCCACAGAUAGAAUUCUAAAUCUCAAUACCGACCAUAGGAAGCAAGUUACCUUCCCUACCUCCCAUCUAUUUUAGUGAACGUGGCAAAGGAUAAUGAUAUAUUGAGGCUUGGCUUGUCGAAAUACGGAUUAAUCAAAAUUUAGCUUUCCCUGUUGUUCUGUUUCCGCUACGAGAAAGACGCACGGAAGAGAUAUGCCCUUCUCAUUCCUUUUGUCUUUCAUUUAUUGAAUUAGCUCUGGGUUUUGACAGCUAUACGAAAUUAAAUCCCAAUGACAGGGAUUUAAUUUCGUAUAGGACAUGGAUUCUAUAUGAACCAAUGACGUCAAUAACUCUAUUUUCCAUGGGGUAAGACAAAAAAUGAGAACAGACUUGUUCCUGGGCCCGUGAGUGUUGUCUCUGCUCUUCUUUUUUCGCAUGGAUCGGGCCAGACCUUGCGAGCGAUUAUUGGCGAUAUCGAAAGGGGUUAUCAAUUUCCCAAUUUGACGCUCUCAGUUGUUGGAGCAGCUUGCUUGACACACACAAAGGCGUCACCAGCCAGCUUGCUUGACAUACACAAAGGCGUAAAUGGAGGCGGAAAUGGAAUCAAAUGGACUAGCUUGAUUUGGUCCAUUAUUGUGGAGCAAGUUUCUCAAAUUGAAUUGAUACUGAUGGGGUGGAGCAGCUUGCUUGACACACACAAAGGCUUCACCAGCCAGCUUGCUUGCUUCGGUCCAUCCAUACGUAGUGGUUGGAUUCGUUGGGACAAAUAUGCUCAAGGAUUUCUUCCCUCAAUACAUACGUCCGUAAUUGCUCUCUUUACAGGGUCCGACCAUAAUUUUUCUUUUUAAAUCAUGCUUUGGGAAAAAUUGAUUCAUUUUCUCCCACAUGGCCCUAAAACUUCAAAACACACAACACCAAGCGUAAAACUAGAAAAUCGAAUGAACUUGGUACAAUUUAGAUCAUUUUAGUAUAUAAAUGUGUUGGUGAAACAUGUAUAUUUUAGGUGUCAUCAAUAUGCAAUCUUGAAACGUGUACUCACAUGCUAUAUAAAGAAGAUGAAGAAAAAUUUCAAGGGUGAGUUCUACACAGAGAGAGAUGAGUUCUUCUUCCACAACCUAGUGAGAGCUACGAGCAAAAGAGAAUUGAAGGUGGAUUUGACCUAUCCAAGCCAUUUAGAGUCUAGAUUUUAUCUCCUAUCAUCCAUCCAAGCAACUAGGAAUAAGAAGAAUCAAGUUUCCAUAGGGGUUUUCUUGUAUUCUAGUUGUUGUUUCUUCUCUAGCUAUGGAGUAGUUCCUCUUUUCACUUCGAUGAUGUGAACCCUAGUCUAGGAUGUUGUAGAUUGAUGUGUGUGAACUCUUUGUGCUAUGGGUAUUGUUGAUUAAAUAUUGAUUGAGGUAUUUUUCAUGCAAAUUAAAUGUUCUUGAUCAAAUCCCUCAAUUUUGGGGCAAAUUGACCGAGGAGGAGAAGAUCCCCUUAUGGAAAUUAGGGUCACUGCUCAAUCAAUGUAGAAUGCCAUGUAUCAUUGUGAUUGGUGACUCUUUACUGUCUUGGGUUAAUCUCCGAGCGAGGGAGUGAAAUUGUUUUCCUUAGUCAUCCUUUGAGGUAGUGUGUUACGCCCCUCCGAUCAGACCAAUUAAGCGGGCUAGUAUGCACUCGUAUAUGAGGUCCUAGCUAUUUUAGAUCUCCGAACGGUAUAUGAACUUGCCUAUCAUACUAGAGUAUCGCAUUCUCAUCUCUACACGGGAAUAAGGGGAUAAUUAUCCA